AUGAAUAAAAACAUUAUAUUCUCGUUUACCGUUCUAACUCUCUUCGUCAUUUUUGUGCAAGUAACAGGAGUUAUCGGGAAUUUACAACAAAGAAGACAAAUGAACCAAACAUGGUGUUCUAGGCCUCUACUUACCCAUAAACAAACAGGGAAAUGUGUCAUCGAAGAUUGUGAAUCUAAAUGUAGGCAGAAGUGGAAAGGGAAUGGUACUCAGGCUACAUGUCGUAACCAGUGCAACUGCCAUUUUCGUUGUCCAUGGAUUCAAGGCCAACCAUGAAAUUUAAGGAAUCAAUGUUAAAUUUCCUUAAAAUAAGUCUUUUCAAAAAGUUUCGAAAAUUAUAGAAAUUCAUUUCAGUAAAACUCAUAUCAUAGUGACAUAGUGAUACUAUACGUCUAGUACUAAUGGUAAUCAAAUAAAAUAUUUGUUCCUAGUGAGUAGUGACUGACUUGUACAAGUGUCUUUAUUGAAUUUUGAUAUAGUAUCCUUUUAUC